AUGGAGCCUCUGCCCCGCGGCCCUUUCAACCCUUUCCAGGUCAAGGAUGCCUUUGCUCCUAGCACCCCGGGGCCCCAGGACUCGUUUCAGUUCAAGUCCCCAUGGUCCGGCAACGAGCCGAUUGUGGCACCGCCCUCGCCAGCCAACUCCGCUGAAAGCUCCUGGCAGGAGUCGUUCGUAGCCCAGAAAGCGGCCUCGACCGAAUGGCCGACGGAUCUCUCCCAGACGGAGAUCAUGACUCUGAUUGCUCCCCAGAACAUCAACCGCAAGGCACCUCUGCAGCAGCUCUGCGGGCGCAAGCGCAAGGGUAGCAUUAUCUCGCCUGACCCGGAUGACCAGCGCGAGAAGCACCGCAUCGCCGAAGGCAAUCGCCGCAAGAACCUCAGCCAGUUGCACCGCGAGCUGGACAGCCGCAUCCACGAUUUCUUCCUGGAGCGUGCCGGCUGGAAUCCAUCCAAGAGCCUGCCACAGUCCAAGGAGCACAUCGUUCAGGGUGCCGUGUAUCUCAUCGACUUCAUGCUGGCCAUUAUCGUCCACCUGAUUCGCCAGGAACAAGUCUCUCCCCAGCUCUCCGAAAAGCUACAGCCCCAGGUCCGCUGCAUGCAGCUGCAGCAGCUGGUUACUUCCCUCCAGCAACAGAACCAAACUACGCAGCAGCAGUUGCGCGCUGCCAAGGCCGAGAACGAGCUGCUGGCCGACCGUAACCGCGCCCUCGAGUUCCAGCUCAAGUCCUACGAGCAGAUGUUCCGCUCGCCGAAGACCGAGAACACCAGCCCACAAACGCUGGUCGACGUCCCCGAGCACAAGCGCCAGAAGAAGGCGUUGCCAGGCUUACGUGUCUUCUGCGACGAGAUCGAAGCCAGCCGGGCCCCUGAGGCGCAGUAUCAGCACCACGACGGCCUUUCCAGCGCUACAUCGCAGACCUUCAGCAGCUCGUACCUCAGCUCAACGCCACCCACUACAGGCCCUUCAUCCCCUGCGUUCCCGCUAUCGCAGGCUUCCUCCUUCACCUUCUCGGCCUCGCGCCGCCCGUCCCUGCUUGGCUCGCCCUGA